AUGCAUCGCACACGCAGCAACAGCAAUCUCUCAGAUCUGAAACCGGACGAAGAUUUGCUCAAGAAGAUUGGAAAGAAGAGCGGCAUGGCUUCCAAUACUGCGAAGACGUGGGCGUACCCCAACACCAGAAGGGAUGAGAGCGUUGUCGACGAGCACGGCGUCGCUGACCCCUACCGCUGGCUGGAAGACCCUGACUCAGAGGAGACCCGUGCGUGGGUGGAAGAGCAGAACAAGCUCACCUUCGGCUUCCUCGAGGAGUGCGACUACCGCGGCAAGAUCCACGAGCGGCUCAAGGAGGUCUACAACUACCCCAAGUAUUCGUGUCCCUUCAAGCGUGGCGAUCGCUUCUACUUCUUCAAGAACGACGGCCUCCAGAACCAGUCCGUGCUCUACACCCAGGAGACCCUCGACGCCGAACCCACCGUCUUCAUGGACCCCAACACGCUGAGCGAAGAUGGUACGGCGUCGCUGGGCACGCGGGCCUUCUCCGAGUCCGGGGCAUACUACGCGCACGGCAUCCAGCGGAGCGGGUCCGACUGGCAGACAGUCUACGUGAAGCAGGUGGCGUCGGGCGACAACCUGCCCGACAAGCUCGAGUGGGUCAAGUUCUCCUCCAUCGCCUGGACCCACGACGACAAGGGCUUUUUCUACGCCCGCUACCCGCCUCCGCCCAAGAUCGACAGCACGGAGGGAGGCAAGGCGGGCAGCGAGGUGGACACCAACCUGCACCAGAAGGUGUACUACCACAAGCUGGGCACCAGCCAAGAGGAGGACCCCCUCAUCUUCGAGACCCCCGACGAGCCCACCCUCAUCUUCGGCGUCGAAGUCACCGAUGACGGCCGAUACCUGCUGCUCACGCACCACAAGGGCACAGCGCCAGUGAACAAGCUCUACUACUACGACCUGGCUCGCUUCGAGCCCGCCGCCGGCGGUGACCACGGACUCUCUGUGGUGAAGCUGGUCGACAACUGGGAGGCGCAGUACGAGUACAUCACCAACGAGGGCACCCUCUUCUGGUUCAAGACCAACCUCAAGGCCCCCAAGAACAAGCUCAUCACCAUCGACCUCACCCGCCCCGACGAGAGCGAGUGGAAGGAGCUGGUGGCGGAGAGCGAGGACGUGCUGGACUACGCCAUCUGCUUCGACCACGACAAGCUGGCCCUCGGGUACAUCCACCACGUGCAGACCGUGCUCUACGUCCACGCCCUCGUCUCCGGCGAGCGCCUCCUCUCCAUCCCCAUGCCCGCCCCCGGCACCGUACAGGAGAUCUCGGGCAAGAAGAAGGAGUCGUACCUGUUCUACUACUUUGUGUCGUUCCUGUACCCGGGCACGAUCUUCCUGUACGAUCGGACGUCGAAGCACGGCACCGAGCCGGUGCCGUUCCGCGAGAUCCAGGUGCCCGGGUUCGACGCGAGCCUCUUCGCCACGGAGCAGGUGUUCUACACGAGCCGCGAUGGCACGCGGGUGCCCAUGUUCGUCGUCUCCAAGCGCGACACGCCGCGCGACGGUAGCGCGCCGGUGUACCUCUACGGCUACGGCGGGUUCAGCAUCUCCAUCCAGCCGUCGUUCUCGUCGUUCCGCAUGGUGCUCAUGCAGAACCUCAACGUCACGGUGGCGAUCGCCAACAUCCGCGGCGGCGGCGAAUACGGCGAGGACUGGCACACGGCGGGCACGCUCGAGAAGAAGCAGAACGUGUUCGACGACUUCAUCGGCGCGGCAGAGUGGCUCGUCGAGCACCGCUACACGUCGCCCGCGCGCAUCGUGAUCGUGGGCGGCUCCAACGGCGGCCUGCUCGUCGGCGCCUGCACCAACCAGCGCCCGGACCUGUUCGGCUGCGCCGUGGCCCAGGUGGGCGUGCUCGACAUGCUCCGCUUCCACAAGUUCACCAUCGGCCACGCCUGGACGCCCGACUACGGCUGCGCCGACAACGACGCCGACUUCCAGUACCUCAUCAAGUACUCGCCCGUCCACAACGUGCGCCCCGGCACCACCUACCCCGCCGUCCUCCUCACCACCGGCGACCACGACGACCGCGUGGUGCCGCUGCACUCGUACAAGUACAUUUCGGCGCUGCAGCACACGGUGGGCUCCUACGAGAAGCAGGUGCAGCCGCUGAUGAUUCGGAUCGAGACCAAGGCCGGCCACGGGGGCGGCAAGCCCACGAGCAAGGCCAUCGAGGAGGCGGCCGACACGUACACCUUCAUCGCCCGCACCCUCGGCCUCACCUGGACCGACUGA